AUGAGGGAUAGGUAUCCAUCAUUUAAAGCUAAUGCCAGCCAAAUUGAACUUCUUUCGAGUCCCAGUGACUUCCAAAAGAAAUUCCGGGAGGGAAUAGAGAAUGCCACGCGGAGUAUAUACAUAUCUACACUCUAUAUAGGUGAAGAGCAGCACCAACUUAUCGAUCUCCUCCAGCGGCGUCUGGACGAAAGAAAGGACCUCACGCUGACGAUUCUGGCUGACUAUAAUAGGUGUACACGCCAGACACCAGCUCACUCCUCUGCUAGUCUUAUGGCACCACUCACAAAACGCUUUGGUGGUAGAGUACGAGUGUUUCUCUACAAGCCGAAUACCAAACUGGGUGCUUUGGAGCGACUCAUACCACCACGUUUCAAGGAGGGUUUCGGUACUCAACAUACAAAGAUUUACUGCUUUGACGAUAACGUCCUACUCUCUGGUGCGAAUAUAAACACGUCCUACUUUACGGAUAGACAGGACAGAUAUAUGCACAUAAGUGCACACCCUCGUUUGACAGAAUACAUGAGGUCUUUUGUAGAGCAGCUCGCACGUUUCAGUCACAAGUUGAGCUGUACAGACGAUAGCGUCCAACCAGCUACCUACGAGUUGGCGUGGAACAACGACGAACCAGCCCACGCUUACGGCGAGAAAGCUCGAAUUGAGGUCGAGAACUUCAACCAAAGCUUCAGAUGUACGGAUGAGCAGGAGGGCGAUACUACUAUCUAUCCUCUAAUCCAGGCUGGCUUAUGGGGCGUCAGGCAAGAAGAGGAAGCAGUCAAGUAUCUUCUUGAAGCCGUAAAUGGCAUACCAGGUGCUAAGUUGGAUAUAACAAGUGGAUAUUUCAGCUUGGGUGAGGCAUACAAGCGUCGUAUUAUUAACAGUCGUGUACCAACUUCAAUCAUUGCGGCAUCUCCUCACGCAAACGGCUUCCUCGGCAGCAAAGGUGUGAGCGGACGCAUACCAGAAGCAUACACGCACCUUGAAUCAAAAUUCUUCAGGAGCUGCGUCAAAUAUGGACGCGCGACGACACUUUCUCUCAAGGAAUGGAGGAAAGAUGGCUGGACGUACCAUUGCAAAGGAAUCUGGAUUCGUAAUGAAAAGGACGACGAGGAUUGCAUGGUGACGUUCAUAGGAAGUUCAAACCUGAGUGGGCGUAGCUCAGAUCUCGACUUGGAGCUCAGCUUUCUCAUGCUAACAGAAAGCGAGAGUUUGGGGGACAAACUCAAGGCAGAGCUUGAGGACCUCGACGAACAUAGCUCGUCUGUCAACCAGGCGACAUUCGAUGACAGUACACGGAAGGUCAGCCUGUUUACUAGAUUUCUACUCUGGAUUGGAAUUGAUAAGAUGUUGUAA